UGACCAGGCACAGCUGAUGUCAGGGUUUCACAUUGUGCAACGUUCAAGCACCCAGUGUAGAUUAGAGCUGUCUCAGGCAGAUUAAGAGGCAUGUUUCUGCUGCACACUCACUGGGUGCUGUGACAUGGGAAGCAAGGGGAAAACAUUCUAUCCAGCCAUAAAUCUUUGUACACAAGCCUCAUCGUAGACUAAGAUGCCACCCACCAAACAACAGGAGGCAGGUGGAGAAAUGGAAAGUAUCAACAAGGAGAAUGGGGAACUUGGCUCUUCAGGAGAGAGUUCAGAGAGUGUGGAACUGAAAACAGGCCAAAUCCACAGUGGGACAAAUGGGAACCUGAAAGCAGAUGGUGAUGCAGUGAUGAUUCUGAGAGAUCAACUAUCCCAGCUGAGUGCAAUAACCCAAUUGCCACUAGAGCAAAGAGACCAAGAGAUGAACCGACUCCUGCUACUGUUCAUCCAGGUCUCAGAGACUGGCAGCACCCUCGAUGAUCUGGAACUCCAGGGCUUGGCACUGCUGGUUGGAGAGGCUCUCAUCUGGCAUGUAUACCAGAGAGUGGCAGAGAAGCCUGCAGAGGAAGCCCGAUUUGAAUUGGAGCAUUUUUUUCAGAGAGCAGAUGUCAACAACAGCACAGGAUGGCUCCUGCUGAAAUCAGUAUCUCUUUUGUCGAACGGAGAUGCUGAGGUUAGUGCUUUGAUCAAGACCAAUCUCCCUGCUGCUUUAGUCAAGUGUCUGUACCUGUUUGUUGCUUUGCCUCCCAGAGAAAAGAGCUUUGAUUCUCCAGAGGAUGUGAAAAAGGAAGUCAAAUGCUCUUUUCAGGACACACUUAUUCAGGUGAUUCUGCAGCUUUGCAGGCAUGUUUGUUUUGUGGAGGUUCUGCUGGAUACCCAGGAGCUUUCAAACAUGAUCAUCUCUCUCACCCUUUUGUGGGAUCAGUGCAGCCCCUCAUGGAGACGGCAGGCGUCUUGUGUGCUCAGAGCAAUGUCUGCUGCCCAAGCUCACAACACUGUAUCUGCAUUGCAAGCUAGUAACUGCAUAAAGAUCUGCAUCCAGAACAUGCAGAAGAUAAGUGAGCAGGUCCCAGGGCAUGUUCUAGCUGAGGUGGUUGUGAGUGUAUUCAGCUUCGUAAAGGACUCUUAUCCAUUGAACCCUGCUCUUUUUGAGGAGUUUGAGAACAACGAUGGCUACGGCAUCCUUCAGGCCGUCUUAUCACGCUGUGAGGAGGAAGUAACAGAGGAGCACUUGCUUGCCGUCCAAGACCUUCUAGGCCUUAUUGCGUCUUUCACCCUUUUUGGCAAGGCUGAGUUGAAGGUGGCCAUAUGUGUGAACAACCCUCAACCCCCAGGCUUCAGUUUUGACCCAGCCCUGACAAAAGGCUCACCAGUGAAAAAUCUCACAGCCUUUAAAAUCAUCCAGUCCUCCUUCCUGCGUUCGGGUAACACCGUGAUCUGCAGCCAAAUCCUGCGUACCAUCCAGAUGAUCUGGUCUUGGGAUAAGGCAAACUUCUUCCUGCUGGAGUGGACCCUGCAGUCUCUGGCUCAGCUGGCUGAGUGUGUGUGGCAGAAAUCUCCACCUGUUCACCUCAUUUUCUUUGAACUGCUUGAGACCAUUGUCUUCCAACUCUCCUAUAUCCCACAUGAGACCCUCAGGAAGGUGCAGGCAGUGUUGAAACAGGGCUGUUCGGAGGCCUUCAGCAUGGCUGCUCUGGACUGCUUUUACAGACUCAUCAUGAACAGCAGGUUGCUGUCUGAAGUCCUGAGUGAUGGAGGACUGAUGGAGCAACUGUUGUUUGAGCUUAAAAGAAGGGCUAAGAUCAUCAGAAAGGCUGGUGUUGCUGUAAAUGAGUAUGAGGAGAAGGCUGGUGACCACGAGAUGAAGUUGACCACCAACAUUCUAAAUGUAGUGGCAGCAUUGGCCUUGCAGUCUAUCAGAAACACUGUAUUCAUCAGGGAUUUGGGGAUGAUUCCCUAUGUGAAGAUCUUCCUGGAUGUUGAGCAGUUCCGCAGUCCCACUCUAUGUAUCCUGGAGCAGCUGUCUGAGGUUAACCCAGAGGAAUACAUGAGCACGGCCAUCGGAGCUCUCUGCUCCUCCACUGAGAGUGAACUCGCACUCAAACAGGACCUACUACAGUCUAUUAUGAAAGUUCUGGAGAACCCAAACAGCUGGAACGCCUUCCGUACUGCUGGCGGCUUUAUCGGUCUGCUUUCCAUUGUAGUGGACAUGGAAGGAUCCCUGCUGCAGCAGCCGUUGGGGGUGUGGGCAUUGCUUUGCCGCCAGAGCCUCGUGGAGCUCCUCCUACUCACCUUACACACCAUUGCCAUGGCCGUGCAUGUGCACCCAGUCAACGGACACUUUUUCCACACCUCCGGCUUUUGCGAGAAGCUGGAUGAGGCCCUGCAUAAGCUGGGCUGUUUCCAGGGAGGCGUACCCUUGGAAACAGACAAAGACAGCUCACUUUGCAGGAGUUUCCAGCAGUUUGUGGAAAUGGUGGAGAGACCAGAACCCCAGUUGCCACCACCUUUAGAUGACUGCGUUAAGCUUCUGGGUUUUCUAGAGCAGUUUGCUACUGGUGUGAGCUUUGAUGCAGACCCAUGUGCAGGCAUACAGCAUAGGACUGAGGCUGUUGAGAGUCAGACCGCAGUCUCAGGUCAGAUUGCAGGGGAGGCGUCCAAUGCCGAUGAGGCUCUGAGGCACACCAGAGGCACAAGUGUCUCCGUAUCAACAGAGUCUGGGAGGGUUUAUUGUGACCUCACCAUUCUUCAUCCUGGAGCUAUUAAACUCAUCAUGACUCUCCUGCCUAGUAUUUACUGUCCCAGUGACCCUCACUUAUCUAAAGAGCUGCAGUUGGCUGUGGCUUAUCAUGUGCAGUCUCUCGUGAAGUCUGAGAGAAACAGGCAGAUCAUGUGUGAGUUUGGUCUGCUGUCCACACUGUUAACGCACUGCAAACACCUUCUCAUCGACAAUUCCCAUUCACUACACCUGCCCAUAGUUCGGAUCGUAGAGAAACUCGCCUCUCAGUCCAUGGAUCACAAGUGUCUAAGGCAGUUCCUGUGUCUUGGUGAUCCUCUUAUGUGUAGUGGAGAAAACCAGCUUACUGUCUCAUGUGAAGUGGCCAAUGGCACAAACCAGACAAAAUAUUCUGAAGAGGAUGUCAGGAAAUCCUCUAAAAAGCAAAUGAAAAGAAGUUUUAGUCUACUGAAAACAUCUUCAGGCAGUGGGACAGUAGUUCCUCUUCACAGAAUCAUAAGCCUUGUAUCCAUCACGUCACCACGAAGCUUUCAGCCACACAAAGUCUCUGUUUCCCCUUCCUUUGUUGAGUUUGACAUGACAGACAGUGGCUAUGGGUGUCUGAUAUUGCCAUCCCUUGCUACAGUGAAAGGUGUCAGUGCAGACUUCAUCUCCACUGGAGGCUUGGGCACUGACUGCAGAGGCUUCCCUCCAUCAGCUGGCCUUUCUUUCUCCUGCUGGUUCAUGAUCUGUAGGUUCAGCUCGUCCUUUGACUCUCACCCUGUGCGUCUGUUCACAGUUGUACGCCACAUGUCUCGUGCUGAGCAGCAGUUCAGCUGCCUGUCUGUUAGUAUUUCUGAUGGCUGCUUGGUGAUCUCCACUGAGGAGGAAACUUAUCAAUUUUUAGACAUGAUGGAGCCUGAGGUGCAGACCCCCAGUAUGCUGCCAGCCUCAGUGCGGUUUAAAUGUUCCAAACAGUUAAUACCUGGCCAAUGGCACCAUCUUUGUCUAGUUAUGGCCAAAGGAAUCAAGAAGAGCUCUCUAGUCACUACAUAUCUAAAUGGAACAGCAGUUGGAACGGCAAAGAUCAAGUAUAUUCAGCCAUUUCCCGGUCAGUGCAUCUCAAUGGAUCCCUCUGCAGUCAUUGAUAUAUAUGGGAUUAUUGGCACUCCAUCUCUAUGGAAACAGCAUGCUGCUUUGGUCUGGCGAGUCGGUCCUACAUACUUAUUUGAGGAAGUGUUGAGUUCCAAUCAGGUGGAGAUAAUUUAUGGGCAGGGCACCAAAUACAUUGGCAACUUCCUUGCUCUUAAUGUCCUUGGAGGCGAGACAGAAGAUGAGAGGUCGCAAAUUAGGAUUGUGUCCCCAGAGAGGAUUUCCUUUGCCAUAAACACAGUGGUAUCCACAGUCACUACGGUAGCAGAUAUUAGAGACCAGUACAAUGAAGUGGACAGUCGUCUUAUAGCUAAAGAGAUGGGGAUUACAUCUCGUGAUAACUGCACUCCUGUCCUCCUGGCUCACAAUCUCUGUCAGCACCUCAGUGGAACUGCUCGGACAAUUGGGGCAGCCAUUGUUGGUUGUUUUGGAGUAAGGACGUUCAGGCCAUACAGUGCUGGUAGCAGCUUCCAGUAUAUUGGUGGACCUGCAGCCAUUCUGAGCUUAGUGGCGAUGGCCUCAGAUGAUGGCUCCUUGUAUGCUGCUGUCAAAGUUCUGCUCUCAGUUUUAGAGACAAAUCCUGUGAUGGAAAAGGAGAUGAAACGGACCAAUGGUUAUAAGCUCUUGUCCUUCCUGCUGAAGAUGAAGUCUCAGCUGAUCAGCAGCAGAAUCUUCCAGCUCAUUCUGGGUAUAGUGGGCACAGCGGAGCUGGGGAGUGCCACUGUUCACAUCCCAAACAUCAAUGCCUUCCAGGACAUCCUCUGUGACUUUGAAGUGUGGCAAAAUGCUCCAGAAAACCUUGACCUUUGCGUUUUAAAUCAUUUUGUUAAUGUGCUGAAGUCAUCAAGUGGGAGUCAACAGAAUGCUGAAGUCAUGCACAGACUCAACAUGAUGAGCAGACUCUUUACACUACUGCAUGAUACCAGUGUGACCCAAAGGAAAGUGUUGGUCAUCUGUACCAUCAUCAGAUCCCUCCUCGAGGAACAUUUCAACACCACCGACAUCAAGAGGAUUGGACUCUUCUUAGUUCACAGUCUAUUGCCUCCCAAUUUUAAUGAGAAUGACACUUUCACCGAUUUGGAUUUUGAUGAUCAAUCACAAGGCUGGAGUCAGACGCCUGGGAGAUCAGUUUGGAUCAGGAACCAGUUGCUCUCCAUGCUGUCUUCUCUAAUCAUCUCAGGCACUCCGCUGUUUAGCAAUAAACAGGAAGAGGUUUUCUUCGCACUGGGGUCAGAUUGGUUCCUCCUCUUCUUACAGGGCCACAUCCACACCAGUACAGUGCUGCUGGUUCUCACACUACUCACUCACUUCCUGUCUAAUCAGAACAUCCUGGCCAGUUUCAAGGAGGGUGUGUCACCAGGAACAUUAGUGGAGACCAUGGACAUGCCUACCAGUAUAACAGAUAAUUUGAAAUCUCGCGCAUGGUCUUUUGAGUGUUUGAGCUGUAUUUGUCCGGGAUUUGAAGUCCUGCAGAAACUUCUUGUGAGCUAUGUUCACCUGCCUUACAUUUAUGGACCUCUUGCUGCACUGCUUUUAGGAAAGUCAGAUUUCCAGGUUCCUGCUGGUCAGGUGGAUGUUGACAUGAUACUUCAGAGUCUGAUUGACAAAUGUAUUGAUGGAACUGAUGGGGUUCAACUUUGUACAGAUGCUGCUUGUGUCCUUUUAGAGUUAAUAAGGGUUAUCCUCACUAAGCCUGUAGCAGGAACUGCAGAUGGCUGGGAAGUCCAGUACCCAGGUAGUGUGAUGCAGUUCCUCUGCCUGGUGCACAACCUGUUUCCUCAAGACCCCCUCUGGACUGCCCCUGACUUCCUUAGUUCACUGGCCAGUGCUGUUUUCCCCUUUGAAACCCCUGAAAGCUCUGCAGGUGUUCAGGGUACCAUAGAGAGCAGUGAUGUGGGGGAGCCCCUCUUGUUCCGCCAGUCCCACCCUGGCAGGAAGCAGGUGUGUGACUUCAUCCGCAUCCUCUUGAUGGACAGCCUCAUUAACAUCUCUGCCAAAGACGGUCUACAUCCUUUAAUACAAUUGCUAGAGUUUUCCCCAGAUGGUGUUUGUCAAGAGCAUAGGCAAAGCUUCCAGACUGAGCUUCUGGAGUUUAUGAUGGACAUCAUCCACAUGACAGGACAGGAAGAGGGCCAGUCCACACAUGUGGCCAGAGAUGAUCCAUCCAAGUCCAAGCAGGAUGGAAAGGCUGCCAUUUUGGUUGAGAAUGUGGCAUUCUUCAGUAAAAAGCUAGUGGAGAAACUCUAUACGGGCAUGUUUGUGGUUGAUCCUGAAAACCUCCUGGUCUUCAUAGCAGAACAGAUUGCAGUGGCACUGGAGAGAGGUCAGGGUGACAGGGAGAUGACGGUCAGUGUUCUUUAUAAAAGCUUGAACCGAGCCCUGCUCUACUUCCUGUCCCGACCCAGACAGACUCCAGCUGAGCAGGAGCUCAUUAUUCAAACACUUCACGUGUUAGAGCAGCACUGGGAUGUAAUCAUGGCGACAUACAAUGCCAAUGUCCACUUCAUCAGCUGUCUCAUGCACUGCCUCUUCAUCAUCCGCUCUGGCAGCUUUAGUGAGGGUUUUGGUUGUGAAAUCCAUAAAAAGCCUUCAAGAAACAUCUGGAGGCACCUGUUCCCUCACAAGAACAGCCGAGCGAUGUCACAGAUCAAUGUCUCAGAUUCAGCAGAGGUGGAGUCAGAGCUGAUGAUGCUUGUGGAGAGCACCUGGAGGAAAGUGAUGCAGGAGCGGAGACCGGUGUUAGAGGAGGCAUAUAAGAUCGACCUGUCUGCUAAGCCGACUGGGAAAGAGGGACAGGUUUCGAUGGGUGAUGUCAGCCCUCUGUGGGAGGAGAUGGCAGCAAAAGACUGGCAGCUCUUUAUAGACUCUCAGAAGAAAAUAAUUAAUGGUCACCAGAAGAGGGCAGGGCUUCUCAGCAGUGCACUGCAGUCCGUUCAGAGGAGGUUUGGGAAGGAAUCAGUCAGCAGUUCUGAGGGGUUUGUGUCCGACAUGGAAGCCCAUUGGCGAACUUGUGAGAUCAUAUUUGAUGGCAUGCUGAGGAGUCAUGCACAGAUGAUUCGCUGUGAGAAUGAGCGUAUGGCCAUUCAGUGGCUAAGAAUAGAAGAGGACCUGCUCAGGGAGAGGGGCCUCUUCGGACCCGGGCCAGGAGUCUUCCUCAGACGGGGCUGGGUGCAGAACACUGCCGAGGGGCGCAACCGUACGAGAUCACGAAUUCGUCGAAAGCAGCUACGCCACUCCAAAAAGAUACCAGCACUGACUUCAGGCCACGUUCAGAAGAAUCUUGUUGAAGAAGGCAAGGGAGUUACAGAAGUUGUUGAGGCUGAUUUAGACCCCAGGAUCCUGUGUGAGGCAGGCUGCGAGGUAGAGGAGCAGUCUGGUUUGACCUUCUUCCCUGUACUAAACGAUAGCGCGCCUCUGUCUGAGGAUUUCUCAGAGCAGUGCAUGGACACACAGCUCAUUCUGCAGGAGCUGGUACCCAAUGAAGAAGUCAAAGCCAAGCAAUGCGUGGUGGUCGUCAGUGGUCACGUGGUGACUGAAGGGGUGCUGUUGUUUGGGAAAGCUGACCUGUACAUAUGUGAAGGCUUCACGUUGACCUCCACAGGAGAUGUGUGCUGUAGAAUCCAUCAUCAGACCAAUGUGAGAGACUCUUAUAUUUGCAACAUGAUGAAUAAAGAGAAAAGCUCUAUGAGCACGAGCUGCAAACGCUGGUCAUAUGAUGACAUCAAAGAGACCAGCUUCAUGCGCUUCCUGCUUGAGGACAAUGCUCUGGAAAUAUUUUUGAAGAACGGGACUUCAGUAUUUCUGGUAUUUUUCAACAAUGAUCAUGGCAAUGCCUAUAAAAGGCUUUGCUCUCUUGUCACCUCAUUAAAGGGAAGAGGGGUCUCAGAGACAGUACUUAAUGCUAGAAAGACGGCAGCAGCUGAGAAGACUGUCUUAAUGAAAUGGCAGAGGGGUGAAAUUACUAACUUUGAAUACCUUAUGCAUCUGAACACACUUGCUGGACGGACAUACAAUGACUUGAUGCAAUAUCCUGUCUUUCCAUGGAUUAUUGCUGAUUAUGAAUCAGAGAAUCUGGAUUUAUCCUCUCCUGCUACAUUCCGAGAUCUGUCUAAACCAAUGGGAGCUCAGACUGAGAAGAGAAAAGAGAAAUUCAUUCAAAGAUACCUUGAAGUGGAAAAUAAUGAUGGUGAUCUGUCUGCACAGUGCCAUUACUGCACACACUAUUCCUCAGCCAUCAUAGUGGCCUCAUUCCUGGUGAGGAUGGAGCCUUUCUCCCAGACCUUCAUCUGCCUGCAGGGUGGAUCUUUUGAUGUUCCAGAAAGGAUGUUCCACAGCAUUCAGAAAGAGUGGGAAUCUGCAUCUAAAGACAACAUGAGUGAUGUCAGAGAGCUCAUUCCUGAGUUUUUCUAUCUCCCAGACUUCCUUGUCAACUCCAACGACUUUGACUUUGGUUGCAUGCAGGAUGGGACACCAUUAGGUGACGUGGUUUUGCCGCCAUGGGCCAAAGGAGAUCCACAGGAGUUCAUCAGGAUUCACAGGGAGGCUCUUGAGAGUGAUUAUGUGAGUGCACGUCUGCAUCUUUGGAUUGAUCUGAUCUUUGGCUACAAACAGCAGGGUCCGUCUGCAGUGGAGGCCCUGAACAGCUUCCACCCUUACUUCUACACUGACAAACAAAAUACAGAGACCAUGAAGGAUCCUGUCAUGAAAAGCACUAUCCUUGGCUACAUCAACAACUUUGGCCAAAUGCCAAAGCAGCUGUUCACAAAACCACACCCUAGUCGUACAUCUCACAAGAGCUCUGCUGGGAAAGAGACAUCGGUAUCAAGUCAGAUAACCCCCUUUUUCUUUAAACUGGACAAGCUCAAGCCUUCCGCUCAGCCUAUAAAAGAGCUCACGUUGGGGCCUGUAGGUCAAAUAGUAUGUAGAGAGAAGGAUGUUUUGGUUGUGGAAAAGAACAAACUUCUCAUCCCUCCCCAGAGGAACACAUACUUCUGCUGGGGCUCGUAUGACCAGACCUGCUCGUUUGGGACCUACACAUCUGAAAAAAGCUUUGGAGUGUGCGAGGAUCUUUCAGACUGGGGAGAGACUGUUUGUGCCACCUGCCCCAACAGUUACACCAUCAUCACGGCCGGGAGCAGCACUGUGGUGUGUGUGUGGGAUGUAUCCAUCAGCAAGGACAAACUCAAACACAUGACACUCAAACAGACUUUGUAUGGACACACAGAUACAGUGACUUGUCUGGCAGCAUCAGAAGCCCAUAGUGUGAUUGUUAGUGGAUCACUGGACGAGACCUGCAUCCUGUGGGACCUGGAAGAACUUGACUACAUCACACAGUUACUAGAACAUUCCUCUGGCGUUUCUGCCCUGGCUAUUAAUGACCUGACUGGUGAGAUUGUAUCAUGUGCAGGGACCUAUUUGUACCUGUGGACCAUGAAAGGGCAACUGCUGACCUCCAUCAACACCUCCUGUGGGCCUGAAGGAAACAUUUUGUGCUGCUGUUUCACACAGAAAUCCGAAUGGGAUCCCCACAAUGUGAUCAUCACCGGCUGCGCCGAUGGCAUCGUCAGGAUAUGGAAGACUGAAUAUACAAGAGUAAAAUUACCUGGACUUGAGGAGUGCUCAGUGUCUCAAGGGCAUGUUUUGUCAUCAGCUCCUGAGGAAGCAGACGGCAACUUGAGGAAGUGGGAAAGACACCUGGUGCUCUGUCGAGAGUUAAAUCGCAAUCAGGCUACCUCACGUCGACGCUGCAAAAAUAACCCUGCGGUUACUGCGCUGGGCAUAUCAAGGACACAUGGCACACUGCUGGUAGGUGAUGCCUGGGGCAGGGUGUACGGCUGGACUUGCGAGAGCUAGUUUCUUACCAUCAAUCAACAGUCAGCCGGCAUUACAGUCGGUAGUAACUGCAGUUGAACUGCCACAUGCCAGCAGAGUCCAGCUUAAGUGCUGCCUAUGUAUGCACUUUGCUCUCACCACUUCCAGCAGGACUGCUGACUUCAGGAGACCCGCUGUGGGUCUGCUGAAUUACAGUGAUGACGCAUUCUUUCUUGGACUGAGUGAAGCUUACUGGCCUGGGCUGGAAACCCAACCCUGCUUAUUUAAGAAAUGAAAGAUGAUGCCAUUUGAAAAAUAAAAUAAAAUCAAGCCCACUGGCAGAUCAGUUUUAUUGUAAAGUAUGUCUUUUCCUUGCUCUCUCUCUCACUGGACUUUCAGAAAGCCAGAAUAAUGUUAUUUUAUAACCACCAGAAUUCUGAGCCAUUUUCUUAUGUGCCAUUUUGUAUUUUUGUUACAAAUUACACUGGUAGGCAAAUAUUUACAUUUAAUAGGUAUGUGUACUUAAUAAAGCAGCAGGAUUCUGUUUACUAGCAGUUUUUUAAUGCUGGUACGAUAAUGUUCAAAAAUAUUUUGCAUGGCAACACAACUUGGGCAAUAUGUUGUCACAUUGUUGUUUUUAAAUCAAAAGCUGAUUUUAUUGGUUAAACCGAUAAAGUUUAAUUUUACUAUUAAUAAUCUAUACUAUUAAUAAUUACUUGAGUAACAACAAUACCAAUAUCUAAGUACGAACAUUUCCACAAAAUAAUGACACAGUAUGUACAUAUAGUUACUUUACAAUUAUUACUCAGUAAUACAUACAAGUGCAUAACAAUAGAAAUACUGUCAAAUUAACUGUGACUGUUUAACCUAACAAUCAGUAACUAAAAAUGAAUAAACUGUUUUACUGUGAAUAAAAUUGCUCAUUGUGGUCCUACUAUUUUUUAUUUUGCAAUAACACUUAUCUGUAACAUUGCUCUACAUUUAAAGGGCUGAAUCAAUCCUCCCCAUCCAAUUACAGUGGGAGUUUCCAUUGGCAAUGUGCCCCAGAUUGCCGUUAGGGAGGGUGUUGGUCUGUAGAGCUUGCAUUUUGAGCAUUCCAUGAUCUAGACAAUUCUGAAAUAAAUACCACUGAAUCAUGAAGUUUAGUGUAGCCACAGUGGCAUGCUGUUUUAAUGGUGUUAAGUGUUAUUAUUUGAAAUCCAAAGAAAUGUUUCAAAACCCUCUAUUGUGGACCUUAUGUCUGCACUGAGUAGUUGUAUUAACAUUUUCAAAGCUUUUACAGUUUUGAAUUGAAAGGACAUCUGUUGUUUUUAUAGUGCGGUAAAGAGCUGGGCAUAGAAUGCUUAGUUGUUUAGUUCAGUUGUCUUUUAGAAAACAUGUUUGUACUGUGCAUGCCUAAACUCAUUUGUUUUGUCUUUUCACCCUCAUUACUGGACAGAAUCCACAUUAUACUAAACCAUGUCUUGCGGCAAUGCAACAGUUUUAGCCUUUGGGUCAGAUUUUAACCCAGCUUCAGAUUUGAAAUCUAGAAAGUAAUGGGCAUCUUUAACAAAUGAGGUUUAGAUGGGUAGCAUCAUCCAUUAAAGGUGCCAGUAUUCUAAUGGUUCUUAUGAUUUGAAUAGCUUUUUGUUUUUUUAUUUUGACCUUGAAUGACACUUUUGUUUGCAUGCAUACAUAAUAAUAGCCAAUGUUUUCUGGCAUCCUUAAUGAAUCAUGAGCGAAUGUGUUUAUUCUACAAAUAAAGUUUUCUGUGAAUUAGCUAUUUGUACUCCUGGUCCUCUGGCAGCAGUAGUUGAUGUAAUGCUUUUGGUAGUUGUCAGGGCUACUGCAGUAGUUAAAUCCAUAGAAUCAACACAGACGCCCAUUAUGUUUAAGAAUAUGGGUCAUUGCAUGCAGAGUAAAGAUUUUGCUUUAACAAAAUAACAUUAUAUGCUUCAAUGCUUUAAUCAAGUAGACGCUGUAUCCGCAAAGCAACCAGCAUUGUGGACGACCCCACACACCCCUCACACAAACUCUUUACCCUCCUCCUGUCUGGCAAGAGGUACCGAAGCAUUCGGGCUUGUGUAACAGCUUCUUCCCCCAAGCCAUCAGACUCCUCAAUACUCAGAGACUGGUUUGACACACACGUGUCCUGAGUUGCACUUUAAUUACUGUCACUUUAUAACUGUCUGCUACCUCAAUAACUGCUAUGUGCAUAGAACAUUAUCUCAUAGUAUGUUAUGUUUACAUUUUUAGAAACUGUCAUCUUUUUGCACUACUGAGUACUGGUCGGCGCUGCACUGUGUCUAUUGUCCUGUUCAUUGUCAGUAAUUUGUUGUACUGUCCUGUACUUUUUGCACAUGUUUGCACGUGCACUUUAUAUAGGUAUAUGUAGGUUUUUUUAUAUAGGUAUUUUAUUUCGUUGUGUUGUCUCAUGUGGUCCUGUGUUGGUCCUUUGUUGUUUUUAUGUAGCACCAUGGUCCUGGAGGAACGUUGUCUCGUUUUGCUGUGUACUGUACUAACUGUAUAUGGUUGAAACGACAAUAAAAACCACUUGACUUGA